AUGGCCAGGCUCGUCCGGCGCCCGACCACGCCGCCAGUUAACGAAGAGCCCAGUCGCAUUAUCCCGCACCUCAGCCGGCCUCGGUACGUUAACACGUACGUGCACGCGGAGGUGAGGAGUGAGGUCAGGGUAAUCUGGGCGGUGGCUUCACCCGACUCUUGGGGAUUUCACGGCCAAUGCUACGCUCGCGGUGCCCCUGGAAGAGCAGUAUUGGAUCCCGCCAUC